AAAAUUUUCCUAAAACCCCAUGAGGUUAAACUACUCUUCGUCUCUCUCGCUCUUCACAGGAAAAGCUAUCGGCGAGAGAAGCGUGGUCCAACGCUCCGUGUCUCUGCCGCUCUUGUUACACUUUAGUCGCGACCGUCGAAGGCUUAAAUCAGGUAGCUAAUGGCAUCAAAGUUGUUACAGUUGCAGUCCAAGGCAUGUCAAGCAUCACAGUUUGUAGCCAAGCAUGGAACUUCUUACUACAAGCAGUUGUUGGAACAGAAUAAGCAAUAUAUUCAGGAACCCGCCACAGUGGAGAAAUGCAAUGAAUUAUCGAAGCAGCUGUUUUACACUCGUCUUGCUAGUAUUCCUGCCCGCUAUGAUGCAUUCUGGAAGGAACUUGAUGCUGUCAAGAAUUUGUGGAAGAACAGGCAGGAAGUGAAGGUUGAGGACGCUGGAAUUGCUGCUUUGUUCGGACUAGAGUGUUUUGCGUGGUACUGUGCCGGUGAGAUUGUGGGAAGGGGGUUUACUUUCACCGGUUACCAUGUUUGAGGACCACCCAGUAAAAUUGGUUGGGGAAGAUUGAAUUUGUAAGCUUCUCAUGUCAUUUGCACGACUCAAAGCAAGAACUUUAGAUGCAAAAUUUUUGUUUUCUGCAAUUUUUUUUGAAGCCGAGAAAUCAGUGGUUAACUGUGAUGCCCUCAAUAAUUUUUGUAUUUUAAGUGGUUGAGGUUGUUCUAUUGUUAGAAGUCGAUGGUAUGAUGGAUGAUGACAUUGCUACAACUCUCUUGAAGGUUUCUGUUGAUAAUUAAUGCCUGCUAAUGGCUUUGGCAAAGAAUACUAGAAUAAAAAAUCAUGUCAAAACAAAAAUCUUAUGGAUGUAAA